GAUUCGUCCCCGCUCGCCCGCUCUCCCCCGCGCUGCGAGGGAGCCCGUGAAUGUCAUUGAGGGCGGAGGGGAGAGUCAGCCGGUGAGCAGCAGCGGCGGCAGCGCUGCCCGAAGAGGAGGACCAGGACCAGGACCCGAGGGGGUACCGAGUCGCCCGCCCAGCUCUGCCGACAAAGGAGCACCUACCCCCACCCCCAGCAGUGCGCCACCCCCUUCUCCAAUGUCCUCGGCCAUCGAGAGGAAGAGCCUGGACCCGUCCGAGGAACCAGUGGACGAGGUGCUGCAGAUCCCGCCGUCCCUGCUGACAUGUGGUGGCUGCCAGCAGAACAUAGGGGACCGCUACUUCUUGAAGGCCAUCGACCAGUACUGGCACGAGGACUGCCUCAGCUGUGACCUUUGCGGGUGCCGCCUGGGGGAAGUGGGCCGGCGCCUGUACUACAAGCUGGGGCGAAAGCUCUGCAGGAGAGACUAUCUCAGGUAA